AUGGGGUACAAAGAAGAGCCUGAGAUUGCGGACGUCCUGCAGCAGAGACGCCCAUCCAAUGUGGAGGCCAUGCAGCAAUUGCAUCGCAAGAGUGUGUCCAACAAGGGAUUGACCGGCGCCUCCGCCCUCACGGUCAAACAAUCCAUCGUUCCAAUCACCCUGGUCACCGUUCUCUUCUUCCUGUGGGGGUUCGCAUAUGGUCUCCUGGAUGUGCUCAACGCCAAAUUCCAAACCUCACUCAACAUCACCGCCGCCCGAGCUGGUGGUCUCCAGGGCGCAUAUUUCGGGGCUUACUUCAUUGGACCCCUCACCUAUUCUGGCUGGAUUGUGCGAAAAUUUGGCUACAGGUGGACCUUCAUCGCCGGGCUCAGCAUCUAUGGUGUUGGUGCUCUGAUGUUCUGGCCUUCAGCGGUAUACCGAUCAUUCGGUGGCUUCUGCGGCGCUCUCUUCAUUGUCGGCUCUGGUCUCUCCACCCUCGAGACCUCCGCCAACCCCUUCAUCGCAACCUGCGGCCCGCCCAGACUCUCCGAGUUCCGUCUCGAGCUCUCCCAGUCCUUCCAAGCCGUCGGCUCCGUCAUCGCCCCCCUUCUCGCUUCGCGCGUCUUCUUCAAGAGAGUAGGGGAUACCGACCUCAGUAACGUACAAUGGACCUACCUCGGCAUCGCCGUCUUCGUCUUCCUCCUCGCCGUCGUCUUCUUCUUCGCCCCAAUCCCCGAAGUCACCGACGCCGACAUGGCCCUCCAAGCCGAGCAAUGCUCCGACCUGACCGGCUACGUCGACAAGCCCCUCCGCAAGCAAUACAAGCUCUUCUUCGGUGUCGCCGCGCAGUUCUGCUAUGUAGGGGCCCAGGUCGGCGUCGCUUCACAGUUCAUCCGCUACUCGGAGGAAUCAGCCGGCAUCACCGAAUCACAAGCCUCAGACCGUUACGCCAUCGGCCAAGCUCUCUUCGCCAUAGGUCGGUUCGCCGCCGCCGGACUCUUCAUGUUCAUCAAACCCCGCUGGGUGCUGCUUGUCUUCAUGAGCGCAAUCAUGAUCUUCAUCGCGCUGUCCAUGGGCAUCUUCGGCGAAGCGGGCGUGGCCAUGCUCUCGCUCGUCCUCUUCUUCGAGUCCUGCAUCUUCCCCACCAUCUUCACCCUCGCCAUCCGCGGCCUCGGUCGUCACACGAAGCGUGGCUCUUCGUGGAUAGUUGCCUCUGUCUGCGGCGGCGCUUUCUUCCCCGCCAUGACGGGCCUUGCGGCCGAUGCGUCCGAUUACCACAAGGCGAUGGGUGUGCCAUUGGCCGGGUUUGCGGUAGCGUUUGCCUAUCCCAUAUAUCUGAAUACGAUGUGUGCUAGGGAGUUGGAUGGAUUCCGUGAUACCAAGAUUGGGUAUCAUGAUGAGAGGAGGGGCACUGUGAUUGGUGAUAUUAAUGAUGAGGCGGAGAUUGAGGCCAUGGAGAAGCGUGCGGCGAGUCGCGAUAUGGGCAAAGUUUGA